CACUUCACUUCACAACAUCACUUCGCUACUCACUCAACACACAAAGCAAACAACACCCUCUGAACUCGUUUCUCUCAUUCUCCAAUUUCCAAGAAUUCACCAACCACAACAUUAACCACACCACAAGUUCCAACAACAACAACAAAAAAAACUGAAUGAAAGAAUGUAAACCCCGCCGCCGCAUCCCACGGCGUCGCCUCCGCCACGAUGGGUAAACCGCCGCCGACACUAUCAUACUACCUCUCGGAACACCCAUCCAUCGUGGGGUUCCGAUGGAGCCACAGCCACUCAUGGGGCUCCACGUGGUCCUUCCUCUUCACCGCCAUAGCCACCUACCUCACCCUCUCCCUCCUCCUCCACCUCUCCCUCUCGCUCCUCCUCCUCCUCCCCCGCCGCCGCCCCAUCCCACUCGGCCACCUCCCGGCAAUCCACAGCCUCUCCAUGUCCCUCAUCUCCGCCGCUAUUUUCACCGGAACACUCGCCUCCGCCGCCGCCGAGAUCCGCGACACGCGCUGGUUCUGGCGCCGCUCCAAAACCCCUUUUGAAUGGCUCCUCUGUUUCCCCCUCGGAACCCGACCCUCCGGGCGCGUGUUCUUCUGGUCCUACCUCUACUACCUCUCGUGGUUCCUCCACAUGGCGAGGACCGUGUUCUGCAUCCUCCGCCGCCGUAGAUUAUCAUUUUCCCAGCUCUUCAACCACUCAAUCUCCACCUUCGUCUCGUUCCUCUGGCUCGAGUACUCGCAGUCGUUUCAGGUGCUGGCGAUUCUCUUCACCACGCUCGUGUACGCGCUUGUGUAUGGGUACAGGUUCUGGACUGCGAUUGGGUUUCGCGGCGCGUGCUUUCCGUUUGUGUUGAACUGCCAGAUUGUGUUGCUGGGUUGUAACGUGGCGUGCCAUGUUGGGGUUUUUCUGCUGCAUUUCUUCUUCAAAGGUGGGUGCAAUGGGAUUGGCGCGUGGGUGUUCAACUCUGUUCUCAACACUGUUGUGCUGUUGCUGUUUCUCAAUUUCUAUGUGAGGAUGUAUGUUUUUGGUAAGAGGAGAAAGGUUGAGUGUGGGUGAGUCCAAUGGAUUGUUCACAAUGGAAAGUGGAGAAAAGAACUUGGUGAUCAAUGUUGGAUGCAUAUCUCUGCUGCAAUUUGGGGUCCAACGUUUAAUCUUUGAUCACUUCAUUUCAAAACCCCUUUUUGCAUAAGGGUGUAUAAGAUGAUAAUACUAUAGUUGGAAAGCAAAAAUUACAGUAUAAGAAGCUAAGAGCAUUUGGGAAUGUAUAUCAUUAUGAAUUUAUGAAAAGAAUUUAUUAGUUGCA